UUGGGGAGAAUGAAAUGUUAAAGCUUUAAAGGGAAGGAGAAAUGAGAAGACUAAUCCCAAACCCAGUAAAAGGAAAUCUCUAUAUUAUCCCAAAACGCGCUUACUGAACUAGAUAAGUGCUCAGCACAUAUUUCGACCUUAAUUUUCUCCUUGGUUGGGCGAUAGAUUCGCGAUUUCUUUCUCCGUUGGUUCCCAAAUUUGGUUCUUUUCUCAGGUUUUAAAAACGACGAAUAAAGAGGAAAGCAGAGCUUAUGGUCGAAAAUACAUAGUCAUAACAAUAACAAUCUUUGUGAAUAAUUCGGAAAAGGGCGUGGGCGUUCAAUCGAUUGUAAUCUCGAGGGGUUUGUGUUGGCGUAUUGCGUCGAGGAUUUCUUGCGGGUUUUUGUUUCCGGAAGCUUGAAAAAAUCCGUAAAUGGGCGAACAUUUGGUGGUGAAUGUGGACCAGUUACCACCGCCUGAGGCCGCCGGGACAAGUCAAUCGCUUCCUCGCGGCGGCGCUUGUGACCCCCCGCCGCCAGGCGGCACGGUGGCGGUGGGCGUAGACAAUGAAGAUGCAGAUGAACAGGCCCCUUUGAUAGGGAUGGGGGAGUGCAGAAUCUGCCAGGAGGAGGACUCCCUCGACAAUUUGGAGCGACCUUGUGCCUGUAGCUGGAGUCUUAUGUAUGCCCACAGAAAAUGCGUCCAGCACUGGUGCGACGAGAAGGGAGACAUUACUUGCGAGAUUUGUCAUCAGCCGUAUCAGCCAGGUUAUACUACGCCGCCGCGACCUCCAUCUGACGAGACUACGAUUGACAUUAGCGGAGUUUGGCGGAUUUCUGAUGCUCCAAUGGAUAUACACGAUCCUCGUUUUCUGGCCAUUGCUGAUGCUGAGCGGCAGUUUCUUGAAUCUGAAUACGAUGACUAUAAUGGCAUGAACACAAGUGGCACAGCCUUUUGUCGAUCAGCUGUGCUAAUUUUGAUGGCUCUUUUGCUACUGCGGCAUGCUGUAUCCCUCGCCGAUGAUGGUGAUGCAGAGGGUGAUGGGGCUGAAGACGCAUCAACAUUCUUCUCUCUAUUAUUGCUCCGGGCAGUCGGGUUCCUUCUGCCUUGCUACAUCAUGAUCUGGGCAAUCAACAUCCUGCAGCGCCGUAGGCAAAGACAGGAGGCUGCAGCUCUGUCUGCUGCGCGGUUAGCCAUCAUUGUUCAAGCUGCCGAAAGAAGAGGACUAAUUGUAGCAUCAGCUACGCCAGCACAGGCCAAUCCUCGCACAGGGUAACUUCUACUUUGCCCUUUACACCGUUGUUGGUGACAAAAGGUGUCCAAUGAUGAUCAAACAAUGACAAUGACAUGUUUCUCUUCCUUUUGUUGUCAUUAUGUGUGUACAAAUUUUAGUCCAAUCGAUCUUAGACUGAACUGAACCCAUUUGGGUAGACUGUACGACCAAUUGGCGUAAAACAGUCAAAUCUGUGCCUUGUUUGACAGAAUGAGAAUGUUCAUUUCUCCCUAAAUUAAGUAGAACAGGUGAACAAUAUGUAGAUAGAUAGAUAGGAUUCUAUAUCUAUAGCGGAUACGACUGCGUGCAGCAACGCAGGGGCAUACAUUGCUUGACGUAUUGUACAUUCUAGCCUAACAUAGAUUAGAUUGGUAAAAGAUUACAAAAACACUUUUGAACAUAGUUCAGAAUAUUAGAAGGCAGGGAAUAAGUUCACUCAUGUGAUCUUUCGACAUCAGGCUGUUCAAUUAGGUCCACCGCAUAUUGUCUCUUCGAGACACCACCGAAUCUUGCAAUAUUAACACUCUAGAAGCAAGUAAUCUCUCGGCAUGUGAUUUAUCUCUGAUUACUGAUGCAUGAAAAUUUAAAAUUAAAUUAAAUUAAACAGCAGCAUAUAUAAAGCUAAAGUUUGGAUCUUUUCUUUAUGUUGUGUGUUGAGAGAAGAUGUUCUAUUCCGCCUGACUGUUUUUGUGGCUGCUCAAAACCAGAAGUAAACAAUUUGGAAAAGAUGCUUAGCUUCUUGAGGGUGUUGUUCCAAUCACCUUUAUUCAUCUCAAUGAUAUUUAUUACUACUUUGUUUUUCUAUAGCAGCAGUAGAAGCAGCUUUAAUUUUGGUUAAAACUUUUCGAUGCAUGAUUAGGAGUGAAUCCGAAACUCUAGAAUGGAUUCUGGGCCCUUAAUUGUCGCUUUAAUCUUUAUGCAUUCCAUUCAAUUCAAUUCUCUUCCCCUUCGUUUUUACUUAAGGAAUAGAACAUAGGAAGAGACACAGGGCUGCCUACACCUCUUACAACAUCGAUCCCUCCUUAUAUUCUUCUUACAACCAAGUCAUAAAACCCGAAGUUGUUAUUUUUUCGCGCUUUCUCAGAAAGAAAGACACCAUGGUUGUGUAUAUCCUUAGGGUACUUGCGUUGUUCGUUUGUGCUUUUGUCUUGGCUUUUGUGUUGUCGUUGCACGAUGGGAGAAGUGGCGGGGUUGCUCUCGGACAAGGUAGAGCGGAUCGAGUAGUAUUAGGGAGGGAUCAUUGGCGUUUGCUGAAGGGACAUGGCAAGAACAGCUUGAGUACAAAAAAGAAACAAGUGCCGGAAAAUAGCGAAUUCGACUCGAACCAUUCGAGCAUGAGAAAAGUUCGAAGAGGGUCGGAUCCUAUCCACAACAGAACUUGACCAAGUUAGCAAUGGCCUGCCUGCUGACGAUUUAGACGCAGAAAUGCGGGCAUAGGCGUGCUGACCUGACCUCAACUACCCUAAGGUGUACCAUAUGGUUCGUUCGUUGUCUUUCGCGUUGAAGAUUUUGUGUAGCGCUAUGUGUUGUAUAUAUGUCGUAGAACCAACCGAAUCCGCGGAGCUGUUGCAAAAGCCAACUUCUCAACCAUAAAGAAUCCGAUCGAGGAUCAAGAGAAAAGAAGCCAGGGCAUACGAUACGAGGUUUUCGACUUGACGGAUUUGAUCAGUUGGGAUUGAUUUCUCUUAUCAUCAUCAUAUCAUUGUAAGAGUUUCUUAUUAGUUUGUCCGAAUCUCUUUUAUGUCAUACAUACAUUCGAUCGAAUUGCCAUGGGUUGUGAGAAAAACAUGCUCUUUUUUUUUCUUUCAACUUGUUGUAUUACUGUACGUACGUAAAUAACUUGUAAUAAACACAACACUCGAAUCAUAAGUUAUUAAUCUA